AUGCAGAGGCCGAGCGCUCCAGGCGCCGCGUUCUCCAUAGACUCGUUAAUCGGCUCCCCGCAGCCGCGGCCGGGCCACCUGCUUUACACGGGCUACCCGAUGUUCAUGCCGUACAGACCGCUGGUCAUCCCGCAGGCCCUGUCUCACUCGCCCUUACCGUCCGCGAUUCCCCCUCUCGCGCCUCUGGCGUCCUUCGCCGGUCGGUUAACCAACACGUUCUGCGCGAGCCUGGGCCAGGGCAUGCCCUCCAUGGUGGCCCUGACCACCACGCUGCCGGGGUUUUCGGAGCCCGCGGACGGUUUCUACCCGCCCCAGGAGCUCACCGGGCCCAGGCUCAGCGCGGACGCGGCGAUCGGGCGCCAGGAGAGUCCGCACGAGGAGCUGCACGCGCGCGACAAGGCAGCCGAGCUCCUCAACUUUUCGGAAAGUUUUCAGACGGUGGCAGGUGAGACCAAACUCUACAGCUCAGACGAUGAGAAGCUGGACCUGAAGUGCGCCGAGGCGGCGUGUAGCGAGCGAGAGGACAGCUCGGGGGACAGCGAGAACGAGAGCUUCUCGGACGGACACAGCUGCGGCUCCAAGAGCAAGCUGAAAGGCGAGUCCCUGAGCAGCGCGGCGGCGGCGACAGCGGCGGCGGCGGCGGUGUCCGGCGGCGCGUCUUCGGCGGGAAAGAGCCGGCGGCGGCGGACAGCGUUCACGAGCGAGCAGCUGCUCGAGCUGGAGAAGGAGUUCCACUGCAAGAAGUACCUGUCUCUGACCGAGCGCUCGCAGAUCGCACACGCGCUCAAGCUCAGCGAGGUGCAGGUGAAGAUCUGGUUCCAGAACCGGCGCGCCAAGUGGAAGCGCAUCAAGGCGGGGAACGUGAACAGCCGCUCCGGAGAGCCCGUGCGCAACCCAAAGAUCGUCGUGCCCAUCCCGGUGCACGUCAACCGCUUCGCUGUCAGGAGUCAGCACCAGCAGAUCGAGCAGGGCGCGAGGCCGUGAACUAUACCCCAAACAAACGCAAAACUCGUUCCUGAAAUGCAUAAAAAUAAAUGCAUGAAGCACAAAAACACAAACGAGGGAACUGAUCAAACAAAACUCGUGCAUCAAACAAA